AAGCUUCAGAAAUUCUUUGUCACCAUGGAAACAGCCUUGGAGGGUUUGAAGAAGUAAGUCAGGAAAGAACUAUUAUUCAGGGAUUUCAAUCCCACCUUCUACUGAUGAUGUGGAGACAUCAACAGAUCGUCAACAAGAUGCAACUGCUUAGAACCUGCCUUGACGCCUGAGGCAUUUGGAUAUACCUUUGGUGUUUAAUGAUGAUGGUUAAUUGUUGCUUGCAGAAUGAACUACCGAAAAUCAACUCUUUCAAAUCCCCUCGCGACAAGCUGCUUUGCAUAUCAAGCUGUUGCACACUCAUUAGCAAUCUGAUGCUUGAUACAUCAAAGUCAAAUGCCAUAUUCUGGCAGGAGCAGAUUAGUGCUUGCCUCUCUUCAUAUAUGCUACCAUCAAGGCAAAUCCUGUGCACCUUGCUUUCUCAUCUCAAGUUCCUCCAAGGAAGGCCAAAAUUGUCUAUGAGGAUAAACCUUGUCUCGGACAAGUCAUUUAAGAAGGUGUGCAGCGCUGAGUAAGAAGGCAGACGCCAGUGACCUGAUUCUGAAUGUGGAAGAUGCUAAGAGAUUGCCGACUAUGUACAAGGAAGAUGCUAAACAAAGAUUUUGGACACAGUUCUACUUUGGUGAGGCUUAUGAAUGAGGAGCAAAUAUGCAGCAAGUAAAAAAAGUAAAGGUAAUGCAAAGCA